AUGCUCCACACUUCGCCCCUCGAAGAGCAUCACAUCAUCAUCACCACCUCCACUACUACUACACUACUACUAGCAGCAUUGCAUGCAGAAGAGGUUGUUGUUGUUGUUAUCUCAGCAACACACCACAUUGAAUGCGUCUAUUGGUUACUCAAAUCGCAGUCAGCAGAAGCACAAAAAGUGAAUGGUAAGGCGUGCAUGUUGGAGAUUCUCGAUACGGCAGGCAGCGAGCAGUUCUCCUCACUUCAAGAUCUCUACAUUCGCAAUGGCCAGGGCUUUGUACUUGUGUACAGCGUUGCUUCACUGCAGAGUCUCCUUGAUCUAGAGGCAGUGCAUCAACAGAUCCUUCGCUUUAAGGCUAAGGCGCCUUCUCGCCAGUCCAAAACGGCAAAGUCGACGGCAUUGCCAGCGUUACCUCCAAUUGUGUUGGCAGGUAAUAAGUCAGACCUAACCUCAGUAGGACAUCGUGAGGUUGCUAAAGCCGAUGGAGAUGCAGCAGCAAGGCGAUGGGGUUGCUGUGCCUUCGUGGAGACCUCGGCAAAAACGGGAGAAGGUGUUAUGGAUGUUUUUCGAGAAGUGGUUCUACAGUUUUUAUCGCUCUCUUCCCUCUCGACAUUAACGUCUGAAAAGUCCUUGCCUUCUGGUGAAUGA